AUGUUAUGUAAAGACGCCAUCACAUGACAGUUUGAUGAACUAAGGUGGAUAAGUGAUUCGUGGAUCCCAGCAUGAGAAGUGGCAGUAGAGAUUAUUUUUGAUUUAAAGUUUGAAAUUUAUUUCUCAUGUUUAUUUCUUAUUAAUUGUUCGUAAAAGAUUACUUAGGCUAACAUGGAUAAGUUAAAGAAAGCUUUGAGUGGAGAUGACGGCGACGAAGAACAGGGAAUUGUCACACAGAUCAGAGAUUCUUCAACUUUGAGUUGGUCAACAAGAAUAAAAGGAUUCGUAAUUUGUUUUGUUCUUGGUUUUGUCUUUUCAUUUUUGGGAUCAUUGUUCUUGUUUUUAAAACAUGGACUGCUACUCUUUGGUAUCUUUUACACCCUUGGUAAUGUUACAGCUCUUUGUAGUACAUGUUUCUUAAUGGGACCUAUGAGUCAGUUAAAGAAGAUGUUUGCUUCUACACGAAUAAUUGCUACCAUUCUUGUUUUGGUUUUAAUAUUAUUGACUAUGCUCUCUGCUUUCUGGUGGAAAAAGACAGGAUUGACGAUUUUAUUUUGCAUUCUACAAUUCUUGGCAAUGACAUGGUAUUCUCUUUCUUACAUUCCAUACGCAAGAGAUGCAGUAAAGAAAUGUUUCGAAUCGUGCAUCAGUUAACUUAUCAAGGAGCUACAACCGGAAGUAUUUUCUAUCAAAAGAAUUUUAUAAUAACUAAUAUUUAUAU